AUGGACGCCAGAGAAAAUGGUGCAUUAUCACGUCGUCCUCAAGGACAUGCUUUUCGAGCAAAGCACAAUAUUGCUCGAAAUUUCAAAAAUAAUAUGAUGAUGGCAAAAUCCCGGUUGCCUCAUCCAUUUACCUGUAGACACUGCAAUGCAAGAUUGUUUCAUCAUGAAUCACGUGACACGUGUUGUAAUGGUGGAAAGGUAUCAUUCUCACGAGUUGAUGCUCCUAUAGAAUUGCAACAAUUAUUUUUGGAUGGUUCAGCUGAAGGAAAACAUUUUAGGCAACAUAUUCGAAGUUAUAACCAUGUGCUUUCAUUCACUUCAAUUGGUGUUCAUGUUGAUGAGAAUAUUCUUGCAUCUAGUCGUGGUAUAUACACAUUUCGUGCUCAAGGUGCUUUUUACCAUAACAUAGGAGGUUUCUAUCCGAAUGAGGGUGUCAGGCCGCGUUUCUUACAACUAUACAUCUACGACACCGAUAAUGAGCUACAUAAUAGAAUGCAGGAAAAUCCACAGCUGCACCAAAAUGUAGAUCACAAAUUACAGAAAAUGCUCCAUCAGUUUAAUCCUUUUGUAAUUAGGUUCAAGCAACUUUCAAUACUUCCAAAUAUCAGUGAAUGUAGCCUCAUACUUAAGGAGCGUCCAAGUAAUCACCAUCAAUACAAUCUUCCAACUGCUGAACAACUUGCGGCAAUUAUUGUUGGAUGUGAUGCAGAUUCUAUGGAUUAUGGAAGGGAUAUUAAUGUCAUCCGUUGUGAUGGAAAUCUCAAGAAAGUUCAAGAGACAAAGGGAUAUUAUGAUCCUUUACAAUACCCUGUAUUGUUUCCAUUUGGGACGCAUGGUUGGGACAUCAACACAACAAAUUGCAAUGGACGAAGAGUGUCAUGUCGAGCAUAUUACAGUUACAUGCUUCAAGGAGAUUAUGUCAAAAUUGAAUCAGGGAGAUUAAGGUGGGUUAAAGAGCACCAAGGUGAUAUACAUUCUGAACUGUACCAAGAGAACAUUGGAAAAAGAAUAAUAUUGCCAUCAUCAUUUAUUGGCGGUCGUCGAGACAUGACACAACGUUAUGAAGAUGGCAUGGCCAUUGUUCUUAAUGGCGGUAAACCAGAUAUUUUUCUAACAAUGACAUGCAAUCCUUCUUGGAGUGAGAUAACAUCAGAACUUUUGCCUUUUCAAACACCACAAGAUCGUCCAGAUUUGCUAACAAGAAUAUUUCGUUCGAAAUUUGAGAAAUUGAAGGAUGAUGUUAUUAAUAAAGGAGUCCUGGGUAAAGUUAAAAGCUACAUGUAUGUCACUGAAUUUCAAAAGCGAGGACUGCCGCAUGUGCGUAUGUUGUUGGUCUUAGAAAGUAACGAUAAGUUGCGUGACCCAAAAGAUUAUGAUAGUAUGACGGACAUUGUAAAAAAAAGGUAUUCCAAACAAUUCUUGGAUGAAACACGUCAAGGCGCUGACUCAUAUCCCGAGUAUAGGAGAAGGUUUGAUGAGUCUGUAUCGUUAGGUAGAGAUAGGUCUGUCGAUAAUAGAUGGGUGGUUCCUUAUAACCCUUGGUUACUGUUAAAGUAUGAUUGUCACAUCAAUGUAGAGAUUUGUAGUAGCAUUAAAAGUAUCAAGUAUCUAUACAAAUAUGUGUACAAGGGCUCUGAUCGUGUGGCUAUGGAGGUUCAUAAAGGAUCAUACAUGGAUGAAGUUCAACAAUAUGUUGAUGCAAGAUGGAUUUGUGCUCCCGAGGCAUUAUGA